AUGCAGUUCACCAGCUUCGCCAUUCUCGCCAUCUCGGCCGUCGCCUCUGCUCGUGUCACCCGCCGUGAUGACAGCUCUGCCACUGGUGCCGACAAGGGUGGAACCUGCGCUGUGGGGAGCCAGAUCUCCUGCUGCACCACCAACAGCAGCGGCUCUGACAUUCUCGGCAACGUCCUCGGUGGCAGCUGCCUCCUGGACAACGUCUCCCUCAUCAGCUCGCUGAACAGCAACUGCCCAGCUGGCAACACCUUCUGCUGCCCAAGCAACCAGGACGGUACCCUCAACAUCAACGUCUCCUGCAUCCCAGUCUCUGCUUAA